AUGCUCGUGCUUGAGGAGCAGCGAUAUAUCCAUGAAGAUCUCGAGCGCAUCGAACAGGGCAUCGCCGAUCGAAUUCGCGAUGAACCUAAACAAAUACGCGAUCGCUUGAAUAGAGACCACGAGAUCAGCCAGCUUCUGGACCAGCUUCAAGCCCAGUCAGCAAAGCUGCUUGAUUUAUAUAAAGACGAGAGCGGAGUGCGAGCCAGUGAAAUCCAGCAGAUCGGAAAGGAAGACCCCUUUGUAGAAUUUUACAAGGAGCUCAAAGAUGUCCGCGACCAUCACGCCAGAUAUCCAAAUGAGCAGGCCGAGAACACAGAGCAGCGGUACAAGAUACGGAGAACUGGUGAUGGAGAGGCAGGGCCUUCCGUUGUCGACAUGCUAUUUUCCGGCGAGGAAGCCUUUGGGCGAUUCUUCGAUCUAACGACCGCACACGAAGCAUUCCUCAACCUGCCAAAUGUCAAGCGACUUAAUUACUUGCAAUACCUCGAGGCGUUUGACAAUUUUACGCCAGGGUAUGGCGGCGUGAAGCGCAACGAGAAGCUUACCGACCAGUAUUUCAAGUACCUUGGCGACCUCGCAAAUUAUCUCGUAUCUUUCAUGCGCCGAACGCGACCACUGGAGGACGCAGAUCAAGUUCUAGACUCGUUCGACAAAGAGUUUGAAUCGCUGUGGGAAAAGGACGAGGUCCCCGGUUGGAAUCUCGAGCAACCAAAUUCAACUGGUGCUGCGAGGGACCUAAGCUCAGCUGACGCUGUGUGGUGCGAGGACUGCGAGAAAGAAUUCAAGAACGAAAACGUAUACAAGAACCAUCUGAAUGGGCGCAAACACAUCAAGGCGGCUGAAGCACGAAAGCAAAGGCAAGGAGACCCCGAAAGUUCUGCUGGCGGAAGCAAGGGUCCUGGCAUUUCUGCCACAAGACUAAGGGAGAAGGCCGUGGCGGAGCGCGAGUUCCGAGUCAAGCGACUGGCAAGUGCCAUGAGCACAGAACGAGGCGACACACGAGUCAAUGUCGAGAGAAAACAGGGAAUGACAGAACGAGAACGCCAGCAGGAGCUCGAUAAUCUUCUGCGCGUCUCUGAAACUCCCUACGAAAGCGCAGACCGUGGGGAGGAGGAUGGUGAGGAUGGUGAAGAGAAAAUCUACAACCCCCUGAAGUUGCCCUUGGCUUGGGACGGCAAACCUAUUCCCUUUUGGCUUUACCGCCUCCACGGUCUGGGUGUUGAGUUCCCUUGCGAAAUCUGUGGAAACUUCGUCUACAUGGGCAGGCGAGCAUUCGACAAGCAUUUCAACGAAGCACGACAUGUCUAUGGCCUUAAGUGUCUUGGCAUUACACAAGUGAACUUGUACCGAGAUAUCACCAAGAUUGAGGAAGCGACGAAGCUUUGGGAGAAAAUUCAGCGCGACAGGAAAAGGGGCAAGGUGGACGACGGCAGUGUUGUGCAGAUGGAGGACGCUGAGGGUAAUGUGAUGCCGGAGAAGGUGUAUUAUGAUUUGCAAAAGCAAGGUCUUUUAUAA